AUGCCUAUCCUGGAAAAAGCCUCCCAGUCAAUGGCUGCAGAAACCGCCAGCGGCGAGGAGGAGCCUGGGCUGCCCAAGCUGCCGGUGCCCCCCCUGCAGCAGACCCUGGCCACCUACCUGCAGUGCAUGCGACACCUGGUGCCCGAGGAGCAGUUCCGCAAGAGCCGGGCCAUCGUGCAGCGUUUUGGGGCCCCUGGAGGCCUGGGCGAGACCCUGCAGCAGAGACUCCUGGAGCGGCAACGGGAGACAGACAACUGGGUGUCUGAGUACUGGCUCAACGACAUGUACCUCAAUAACCGCCUGGCCCUGCCCGUCAACUCCAGCCCCGCUGUGAUCUUUGCUCAGCAGCACUUCCGCGACACCAAUGACCAGCUCAGGUUUGCAGCCAGCCUCAUCUCUGGAGUGCUCAGCUACAAGGCCCUGCUGGACAGCCACUCCAUCCCCACGGACUGCGCCAAGGGCCAGCUGUCUGGACAGCCCCUCUGCAUGAAACAAUACUAUGGGCUCUUCUCUUCCUACCGGCUCCCCGGACAUGCCCGGGACACACUGGUGGCCCAGAAGAGCAGCAUCAUGCCCGAGCCAGAGCACGUCAUUGUGGCCUGCUGCAACCAGUUCUUUGUCUUGGAUGUCGUCGUUAACUUCCGCCGUCUCAGUGAGGGGGACCUGUUCACUCAGCUGAGAAAGAUAGUCAGAAUGGCUGCCAGCGAGGACCGCCGCCUGCCCCCCAUCGGCCUGCUGACGACAGACGGGAGGAGCGAGUGGGCCGAGGCCAGGACGGCUCUCGUGAAAGACUCCACCAACCGGGACUCGCUGGACAUGAUCGAGCGUUGCAUCUGCCUGGUGUGCCUGGACGCACCGGGCGGCGGGGACCUCAGCGACACCAGCCGGGCACUGCAGCUCCUCCACGGUGGAGGCUGCAGCAGGAACGGGGCGAACCGCUGGUACGACAAGUCCCUCCAGUUCGUGGUGGGCCGAGACGGCACGUGCGGCGUGGUGUGCGAACACUCCCCAUUUGACGGCAUUGUCCUGGUGCAGUGCACGGAGCACCUGCUCGCACACAUGACACAGGGUGGCAAGAAGCUGGUGCGAGCCGACUCGGUGAGUGAGCUCCCGGCCCCCAGGAGGCUGAGGUGGAAGUGCUCCCCGGAAAUCCAAGGACACUUGGCCUCCUCGGCAGAGAGGCUCCAACGAAUAGUCAAGGAUCUCGACUUCCUUGUUUAUCCGUUCGACGGCUAUGGGAAGAGCUUCAUUAAGAAGCAGAAGUUCAGCCCCGACGCCUUCAUCCAGGUGGGCCUGCAGCUCGCCUUCUACAGACUCCACCGGAAGCUGGUACCCACUUACGAGAGUGCGUCCAUCCGCCGGUUCCGUGAGGGCCGCGUGGACAACAUCAGAUCGGCCACGGCAGAGGCGCUGGCUUUUGUGAGAGCCAUGACAGACCACCAGGCUCCUGCUGCUGCUGCUAUGCCCGACUGUGAGAAGCUGCGGCUGCUGAGAGACGCCAUCCGCGCCCAGACCGAGUACACGGUCAUGGCCAUAACAGGGAUGGCCAUUGACAACCACCUGCUGGCUCUGCGGGAGCUGGCCCAGGACCUGUGCAAGGAGCUGCCUGAGAUGUUCACAGACGAAACCUACCUGAUGAGCAACCGGUUUGUCCUCUCCACCAGCCAGGUGCCCACGACCAUGGAGAUGUUCUGCUGCUACGGGCCUGUGGUCCCCAACGGGUACGGGGCCUGCUACAACCCGCAGGCUGAGACCAUCCUCUUCUGCAUCUCCAGCUUUCACAGCUGCAAGGAAACCUCGUCCGCGGAGUUUGCGAAAGCCGUGCAAGCGAGCCUGGCGGACAUGAGAGACCUCUGCAGCCCACCGCAGCCUGCCCGGGGCAAGCCACCUGCAACCAAGGAAGAUGGCCCAAGACCAAGUCAGGGCCACCAACCUUGA